GGAGUCCGAUGCUUCCGAUAGCACUUGAAAGCAGCACAUUUCCUGUCUGCACAGGAACAUGCGAACCACCGGUCAGGCGGCAGAAUACGGAAUAGCAACACAACCGCUGGUGGUGGCUAGUUUAGAAGACUAUGUUUUAGUGGUUAGUUAUCGGAACCUGGUCGCUUAUUAUUCUCCUAAUGGAAUAUGUGCUUAACUGCGUUUGUCCAAAACUGCGCCAUUGGCUGAGACUCUUCUGUCUAUAACUACGUUAAACUAUCCAGACACCGCACGUCGACUCCCUGCAUCUCGCCGGCUGUGUUCAGUUCCUCAUCUCCGGUAUCGGUUGUCUCAAUGGCGGACCCGGCGGAACCAGCACUGGGAAACGUGGGGGAGGAAAAUACGGAGCGUAUCAACGACGCAGAGCUGGCGCUGAAAGGAAUCAAUAUGCUUCUCAACAAUGGAUUCAAGGAAAGCGACGAGCUCUUCAAGACGUACAGGAAUUACAGUCCUUUGAUGAGUUUUGGGACCAGUUUUGUGAGUUUUCUGAAUGCCAUGAUGACGUUUGAAGAGGAGAAAAUGCAGAUGGCCUUCGAGGACCUGAAAGCUACAGAGAGGCUGUGCGAGAGUGAAAACACUGGAGUCAUUGAAACCAUUAAAAACAAGAUUAAGAGGAGUGUGGACUCUCAGAGGUCGGGGGUGGCAGCAGUGGACCGACUCCAGAGGCAGAUCAUUAUUGCAGACUGCCAGGUUUACCUUGCAGUGCUGUCUUUCAUCAAACAAGAACUGUCAGGAUACAUCAAAGGAGGCUGGAUCCUCCGUAAAGCCUGGAAGAUGUACAAUAAGUGCUACAGCGACAUCACACAUUUACAGGAGGGAAGCAGAAGAAGGGUCUCAGAACAACAAGCGAUGCCGCCUCCAUCUCUGUCGUCCUCCUCUGACCCGUCCAAGUGCAGCCGCUCAUCGAGUCCCCCCCAGAGACCUGACGGCAUCAGCCCAGAGGCUCUGGAUCGUCUAAAGGGUUCAGUCAGCUUUGGUUACGGCCUCUUCCACCUCUGUAUCUCUAUGGUGCCACCGCACCUGCUGAAGAUUGUCAACCUGCUGGGCUUCCCCGGUGACCGUCUUCAAGGACUGUCAGCGCUCACGUACGCCAGUGAAAGUAAGGACAUGAAGGCCCCCUUAGCUACCUUGGCCCUCCUGUGGUACCACACAGUAGCACAGCCCUUCUUUGCUCUGGAUUGCUCAGACACACAGUCAGGCCUCAUGGAAGCCAAAUCCAUCCUUAAGCAAAGGGAGGCUGUCUACCCAAACUCCUCCCUCUUCAUGUUUUUCAAGGGCAGAGUCCAACGCCUUGAGUGCCAGAUCACUAGUGCCUUGACAUCCUUCAGUGAUGCCUUAGAGCUGGCCUCUGACCAGAGGGAGAUUCAGCACGUGUGCUUAUAUGAAAUAGGUUGGUGCAGCAUGAUCGAACUGAACUACAGAGAAGCCUACAGAGCCUUUGAGCGACUCAAGUCAGAGUCUCGUUGGUCCCAGUGCUACUACGCCUAUUUAACUGCAGUUUGCCAAGGAGCCACAGGUGAGCUGGAGAGAGCUAUCACUGUCUUCACGGAUGUUAAAAAACUAUUGAAACGCAAGAAUAAUCAGAUAGAGAUGUUCUCCUUGAAGAGGUCUGAGAAGCUCAAGAGCCCCAGUCUGUCCAAAGAACUCUGCAUUCUGUCUGUGAUUGAGAUACUUUAUCUGUGGAAAGCUCUGCCAAACUGCUCCAUCGCCAAGCUCCAGGCAAUGACACAAGUCCUGCAGGGGAUUGAUGAUGCCUCCUGUGCAGGCCUGAAAAACCUGCUUCUUGGUGCCAUAAAUAAAUGUCUUCAUAAUACCAAAGAUGCCAUUGAGUUUUUCCAUCUGGCUAUGAGGGACGAGGUCGGUCAUGUGACCAACUCUUAUGUGCAGCCCUACUCCUGCUAUGAACUGGGCUGUGUGCUGCUGAGCGCCCCAGAGUCUGCAGGGAAGGGCCAAAUGCUAAUGCUUCAGGCCAAGGAGGACUACGCUGGGUAUGACUUUGAGAACAGGCUCCAUGUUCGUAUUCAUUCAGCUCUUGCUACUAGCAGAGCUGCAGCACAGCCUUGACAAGUGUCACCUGCACCUCAGAAAGAACUGGAAGAAAGUCUUUCACAAAUCCACAGCAUAACUUUGGGCACUUAGGUUUCACUGUUAAUUUAUUUUCAUGUUCUGAGCCAGUGUAUCAUUUUAAAAUGUGUGCAAUAAAUGCACUAAAUAUUUUAUGGAGGAACAGUUACGUUUUACUGAACUAUGUACUGCACAAAUGGGGAUUUAUAGUUUACAUUUCAAUUUUCAAACUGUGCCAGUUAAAUUGGCCUAGAAUCUACAAAUUAAUUUUAAAAGUAGUUUUACUGCUUACACAGAGGGUAAUCUUUUCCUCUGGUUCUCAGAAAAAGUAAUGUUAAAGUAUUAAUAACAAAGCAAUUGGAAGCCUAUGACUUGAAGAAGUUGAUAAUUAUGUGGUGGUUGUUGGCAGUGACAUUUGGGCUAUAAAGGCAUUGCUAACCCAUAGGCAUGAGCAGUAAACAGUUUUUAGUGUAGCCCCCUUUUUUAAGUAGAUUUGCUCAUGUAAAUGUUUUGCACACAAGUUUUAAUACUGUGCCAACAUGUUGUGCCACUUUUAAGUGACCUAGAUGCACAGUGCUAUUUGAUGUAAACUGAUUCUACUUUAUAU